CAGAAUGACCCCAGUGAAGCAGAAAGUGUGGCCCGAAAACCUGAAACACCAGGGCAGGAUCAGGAAAACAAGAGCUUCUGUUUAGAUGACGACUCUCCUGAUCUAAUAGAAACAGUUAAUGAAGUUUCCAAGCUGAGCAUUGCUCAUGAAAUCGUGAUAAACCAAGACGUCUAUAUGGAAGUGAGCAUUUUAUCUCCAAAUAGUCUGGAAAGCAGGUUCGUGGAGACAAUGUACAAUACUUUUUGGGACCGUCUGAAAGAGCAACUAUCGAAUAUUCCUCCCGACUUCACUUGUGCUCUUGAACUUCUAAAAGAGGUUAAGGAGGUCUUGCUAUCACUGCUAUUACCAUGCCAGAAUCGCAUAAAAAAUGAGACUGAAGAAGCUCUAGACAUGGAUCUCCUCAAGCAGGAAGGAAAGCAUGGGGCCCUGGAUGUCCCUCAUGUCUCUAAUUACAUUCUCAAUUUGAGGAUCCUGCUAUGUGCGCCAGUUCGAGAUGAAGCAGUGGAGAAACUAGAGAGCAUAACAAAUCCAGUGCGGUUACUGAAACCUAAUACCUCUUUGCUUCUCCCUGGACUGUUGGCUUUUAUUUUCCAAGGACAGUCUCUCAGGUGUAAAUAUUCGAUUUCUCCCUAUGACCAGGGCAUUUUACAAGUUCUGGAGCUGAUGAAAAUGGACAUGGUGAACUAUACUAUCCAGAGUCUUUGACCCUACCGACAGGAGCAUUGGAUUCAGUAUGAACAAGCUCAAUUCCAGGAACUCCUUGACAUGCAGCACAAUCUCCUUGAUUACACCACAAAAUGGCUAACCAAAGCAGCCAUAGACCUCACUGCACCAUCUCUGAGUUGUCUUGACACUCCCAGCUCUUCCUCUAGCAUGGCCUGUUCGCCUCUGAAUCGGGCAGUUAACAACUCAGAGCCCCCCAGUCCCACAAUGGUACUAUUCCAGGGCUACCUGAACAUACUUCACUGGGAUCCUGAAAAUGAAGAAUUCCCUGAGAGUCUACCGAUGGACAAAGUUCAGGUGCAGGAGAUGGAGUCCCAGUUGAACCUGUUAAUCAUCCUAGUCUCAGUCUUGCUAGUGGCCAGAAGUUUCUCUGGUAAUGUUUUAUUCAACUCACCUGAAUUUGUGGAUAAACUGAAACGCAUAACCAAGGCUCUGGCAGAGGAAUUUAACUCCAGGCCUGAAGAGGCUAUGCUGAGUGUGAGUGAACAGGUGUCUCAGGAAAUCCAUCAAGGCUUCAAGGACAUGGGCCUCAUUGCUCUGAGCAGCAAAAACAAAGCAUCCCUUAUAGGCCAACUCCAGAACAUUGCCAAGGAGAACUGUGUUCAUAGGAUCAUUGAUCAGCGGGUCCCUUUGUUUCUCAAAUGCUCUUUAGUUCAUGGCAAGCCGGACUCUCUGCUGCAGUUCACUGGAGGCCUUAUUCUCAUUGAAAGGGAGUUGGCAGACCUGAACUUGAAGUUUGUCAAUCUAAUGCAUCACAAUCAGCAGGUAUUUAGUCCAUACUAUAUUGAGAUACUAAAAAAUAUCAACCCUCCAGCUCAGGCCCAAGAAACAGGAGUAGAACCUAUCUGA